AUGGAUCCGCCCAAGCAAGCGGCCCCAGUCAUAUCAGAUGGCAACACAACCGACGACACGGAAAGACAAGGGCCACUUGAAACUGAAAAGACAGUCGACACUUCGCCGCCCCUGAAUCAGUCCAUUUCGUCCUGGAAAUGGUAUUCCAUCUGCGUGGGGUUGUACCUCACCGCCGUUCUAUAUGGCCUAGACACUUCCAUAGCAGCAGACGUUCAAGGCCCCGUUCUAGAGUCUCUAGGAGAAAUCGAGAAGCUGUCCUGGGUCGGCAUUGGUUUUCCAAUGGGCUCUGUCGCCACCAUCCUUUUACUAGGCUCUCUCUAUGGUUCCUUUGAAAUCAAAUGGCUUUAUCUCGCGAGCAUCAUCCUGUUUGAAGUCGGAAGCGCGGUAUGCGGAGCUGCACCGUCGAUGAAUGCCAUGAUUGUCGGUAGAGUCGUGGCAGGAGUUGGAGGAGCCGGAAUGUAUCUUGGCUGCCUCCACUACAUAGCCGUCUUCACCAGCCUCAAAGAACGAGCCCUUUACAACGCCCUCGUCGGCCUAUGCUGGGGAACAGGCUGCAUCCUCGGCCCCGUCGUCGGCGGCGCAUUCGCCAGCAGCGGCGCCACCUGGCGAUGGUCCUUCUACAUCAACCUCGUCCUGGCCGCAGCCACCGCGCCCAUCUACAUCCUCUGGUUCCCUCGCCACAAUCCUCAGCCUGCAACUCCCGCAAAGGCGAAGCUCGCGGCCGUUGACUGGGUUGGAGCCGUGUUGAACGCAUCUACUUUUACGCUCUUCAUGGUUGUUCUGGCGUAUGCUGGCACCGCCUGGGAUUGGAGUUCCGGGGGUUCAAUCGGUCUUUGGGUUGCUUUUGGCGUUUCUCUCGUCAGUUAUGCCGUCCAGCAGGCGUUUUGCAUCUUCACGACCGAGCAGAACCGGCUGUUCCCCGUCCAGUUCCUCAAACGACGUACGAUGCUUCUCCUCUACUUUACGACUGCGAGUGCCUCUGCAAGUCUCUUCGUGACGGUCUACUACGUGCCCCUGUUCUUCCAAUUCACCAAGAACGACUCAGCAAUCAAGGCCGCCGUACGCUUGCUCCCCUUUAUAACGCUCAACGUCAGCUUCACCAUGGUCUCAGGCGCCUUGCUGCCCGUGUUUGGCUAUUACAUGCCGUGGUACAUACCCUCAGGAGCCCUCAUGCUAAUCGGCGGCGCACUCAUGUUCGUCGUGAAACCCACCACCAGCGUCGGUGCGAUAUACGGAUACGAGAUUCUCAUUGCAGUCGGCUCCGGUCUCGCGGCGCAGCUUGCCUAUGCAAUCGCCCCCGCCAAAGCAAAGGCGCACGAAACUUCCGCCGCCAUUGGAUUCAUCAAUGUAGCCCAGCUGGGCUCCAUCGCCAUUGCGUUGGCAAUCUCAGGUUCCAUCUAUCAAAACCUCGGAUUGAGAUUCCUUCGGGACGCCUUGCGCGAGUUUGACUACAGCCAGGCGGACCUCAAGUCGGCACUUGCUGGCGCCAAGUCUGUUAUAUUGACGCACAGCGAUGCACAUGUCAGGGAGCUGGCCAUUGGUGCGAUUGUCAAAACCAUCAGUUCGCUCUAUGGUCUCGUCAUUGCUGCAGCGGCUUUGACUCUGGUCAGCGCCGUGUUGAUGAGACGCGAGAAGCUACAGUUGGAGGUUGCAGCAGGCUAG